AUGCCACAGAGACAACAUUUUGCAGAUAAUUUCUGGGAAUCCACCCAGCGAAACGGCGUCAUUACGCUUUUUAAGCGCAUGACGGACACUAAAGAAAACUGUCAAAGCUUACAAAAGAUGUUUGAAGCUAGGGCUAUGGCCGAGGAAGAAUACGCUAGCAACCUGUCACGCUUGGCUGACAUGCUCGGAACCAUCAAGGAAGAUCGCACUCUUGAGACUACUCAUCACAUUCUACAAGAAGAGCUAAAGAAUACGGCAGCAUUACAUAAAAAGUUAUCAAAGGAUAUUUCUACGCACAUCGCGGCACCACUUCGUCACUUAAUACAGGAGCAGAAGGAGCUACGAAAGAGUUUGCAGCUUAAAGUUAAAUCACUCCACGAUUCACGGCAAUUACAGGCACAUUGCGUUUUGAAAGCGCGUAACCGUUACAAUAGUGAGUGUGCUAGAGCCAAUGGACUUGUACGGCAGCAACAUGGAAAACAGCGCCGCAUGUCUUACUUGCGAGCCAACCACACGAUCGAAAAUUUCCACAAAACAUACAAAGAUACGCUGGUCGACCUGGAAACUGUCACGGAACAAUGGAAUACGCUGUGGCGUACAGUUUGCGAUCAAUUAGAAGCGGCUGACGAGAACAGGAUCAAUUUUUUGAAAGAAAAAAUGUGGCAAAGUGGUGAGAUAAUGACCCAGUGUCUGGAAGAAGAAAUACAGAUCCACAGGAAUACAGCCGAAUGCUGUGAAGCAAUUGACGUCGACGUAGAGUUAAACAUGUUUGUUGAAAAUAAUAAAACAAAUAGUGAGCCACCCGAGGCAACCGAAUACGUAAAAAUUUGCGCGCUUCGAGAACACCUGAAACAACAAAGCAUUCCAGAUAAUUUGAUCGCAGAAGAUAGCACCGGCUUAACGAAGGAGGCAUCGGGUGCUGCGAUAACUGCAGCAAAAUCUGCUCCCGAGACGGAUCUAUUGCACAUCAACGAGAGUCAUCAACUUAAAGAUGAAUCACCAUCCUCGCCCAUGAUAAUAGCACGCAUGGAGAUCUAUGGAUCCGACGAGGAAAGCGAGGAUACGGCCGACUCGGAGGAAGAUAUAGCAGUAAAGGAACUCUCCUCUCAAUCGGAAACGCAAAGCUCAGUGCCAACCGUUUACAGUACCGAUGAGUCAUCAACCUCCCCAGAAAAACAUGCUGAAGGCGAUCCCUGCGAGUCUCAUACGGAUAUCAGACCUCACCAGUUGGAUGUCUCGCGUAACUCUGAUUUCAGCAAUAGUUUGCGCGAGGAAAUAAGCGAGUUCGAAUGCACAUCUCCUCCACAAAAGACGCAACAACCGACUCCACGUGGCGUAGCCAUGAACACCAUGGGACCAUCCUCUUUAGCAGAUCGAACCGAAGGAAGUUACGAGGAAGAUGCUUGUCAAAGGCCCCACAGUUUUGACCAAUUCCACGCUAUGAGUGAUGCCUCAACGAUAGAGGAAUCAGGCGGUACAUGGAAGUCUUCAUCAUCGAUCAAUGGCUUUGAAACGUGCUUUGGACAGGAAAUUCUGUUGGAUGAUAACCACCAUCAGAACUAUCAGGACUAUCAAUACGAUGGAAACAGCGGCAGACACAAAGAGAACUUUCAUUCUAUGGAAGCCCGGCUGCGAAACGAGGAAAUCAGAGCAACAGGUCAACAAAUGAGUACGCCUGGUCUAGCAAAUCAGCAUGAUAGCAGUGAGGACGACCAUGAAUCUUUUGGUGUGCAGGACGAGCUGGAGAGCAUGCUCCAGCAGCUAGAAAACGAUAAGAUGCGAUCACGACGAUCCAACCGUAUCCCCUUGAGCGAAAUUUACUAUUCGGAAAACGAUACUUUCGCAUAUCAUCAUGAAACAGAGCCACCCAAUGAUGCAUACAAUAUCAAGGAUACACGAUCCGAUACGUGGAAAUACAGCAUCCCCAGUAUAUCGGAUACUACUGCAACUUCUCAAACUCGCAGAUCGUUUGACCAGUUCUCUACCUUGUCAUCGUCAUCCUCUCGCCGAACCCCAAUUAUAUCCUCUCAAGAGUCUCGGAGACCUUUAGGAGGGAAUAGCCCUCACCAAAACGCAUUUAUGCGACGAGAAAACGAGGAAUAUGGAUUUCAUGAUGAUCCAACCCCGGUCCCAAUUCAGGAUUAUGCGGUGGCAUUAUUCGAUUAUACCGCAGAGGACGAAGAUGAGCUCACGUUUUAUGAAGGUGAUAUACUAGCUAUCGCAAAGAAAAACGAGGAUGGCUGGUGGGAUGCCUUCCUUUAUGAUAACGAGCAUCAACAACUGCUAGAUUUUGGACGUAUACCAAGCAACUUUGUAUCUGUUACAUCAUCCUUUUAA